AUGCAUCUCUCGGUGAUAUACAGGAGGGAAGAUGGACUGGUAUACAGCCCCAAGGCAGUUCUAGUCAUUGCCACCUCUACUCUCGCUCUAUACAAUGCAUGCGAGCUUCUCGCCUUGAUCUUCACCACCUUUAAACAACAUCAUGGUCUUUACUUCUGGAGUCUUCUCUUGACCACUUUGGGCGUGUUUCCGUAUGCUUUGGGAUGGCUGUUUGGAUACCUUGACAUCCUGGGCACCGAUGCGAGCAAGGCCAUCGCGUCGCUCGGUUGGAUCGUCCUAGUUAGUGGUCAGUCUGUGGUGCUGUACUCACGACUGCACCUGGUACUGAACAACAUGAGAAUACAGCGCGCUGUGCUAUGGAUGAUUGUGGUCAACGGCACGAUAUGGCACACUACGCAGACAGCACUGCUAUUCACGAUUGGACCGAGCGUUGAUGGCAACAAUCCCACGCGCAUAUUCGUCGCCAUCGAGAAAAUUCAAAUGACAAUCUUUUGCGCGCAAGAGUUUGUCAUCUCAGGACUGUACCUUUGGGGCACCAUCGAUAUCCUACAGACAUCACUAGGCAACAAGCAAAAGACAAUGUGGUAUCUCCUGAUCAUCAACCUCCUCAUCGUAGCCAUGGACAUAGCUCUCCUCAUCAUCAUGUACAAGGACCACUAUACGAUCGAGCAAGGCGUCAAACUGGUCAUAUACUCCACUAAACUGAAGCUUGAGUUCGCUGUCCUUGGAAAACUAGUUGACGUUGCGCAGAGUCGCGGAGGAUCGAGUGUUUCGGAAACACAUCCAUCUCGCUUCAUCGAGAUGCACGCUCGGGGACAUGGAAGAAGUGACAACUUCCCAGAAAUAGUACACUUUGAGAACACGGCUGCACGGAGGAUGGCCGAUGAUGAGGAGAGCAUGCGCCAUCUUUAUGACGAUGCCAUCAAACAGAUAUACAAAGGCUGA